AUGGAACAACCACAAGGAUUUCAAGAUUCUCUCCAUCCAACAUAUGUCUGCAAACUCAACAAAGCCCUCUAUGGUCUCAAACAAUCUCCCCGCGAAUGGUACGCCACUCUUUCUACUCAUCUUCAAAAUUUCGGUUUUCUUAUAAGCUCCGCCGAUCCCUCUCUCCUAACCUACAAAUCUAACUCAAUUCGUCUUUAUAUUCUUAUCUAUGUUGACGAUAUUCUACUCACCGGCAACUCUCCAACCGAAAUUGAACGUCUACUAUCGAGCCUCCACGAUCACUUUCAAAUGCGCAAUCUAGGCUCGCUCGCACACUUCUUGGGAAUCCAGACCGUAAAUACUAAUUACGGACUACUACUUCAUCAACAACAAUACGCUAAACGGAUCCUCGACAGAGCUGGUAUGCAAAAUGCAAAGCCAGUCGCUAAUCCGAUGUCCGGGACAACUUCCAGCUCAACCGCCACCUCAAGCAAGUUCGACAAUCCGCAUUUGUACUGCCAACUAAUCGGCUCGCUUCAGUACCUUACAUUAACAAGACCGGACAUACAAUAUGCCGUUCAUCAACUUAGCCAAUCCAUGCACAAGCCGCUGACCAGCAACUUCAUCGCUCUAACACAUCUACUCCGGUAUAUUCAAGGUACAACUGAUCAUGGCCUACCUCAUUAUUGUGAUGAGCUAACCUUACAGGGAUUCUCGGAUGCUGACUGGGUGAACAACAUUCAAGACCGGAAAUCCAUUUCCGGGUACUGCAACUUCCUCGGCAAAUCUCUAAUCUCCUGGCGUGUCAAGAAACAAGCAACGGUGGCACGCUCGUCCACUGAAGCCGAGUACAGAGCAUUGGCAGCGGAGGCAUCCGAAGUAAUGUGGCUCAGACAACUUCUGGAGGAACUUCACAUUCCUCAAACGGCUCCAACAACAAUCUAUUGCGACAACACCUCAGCCAUUGCACUCUCCAACAAUCCGGUCUACCAUGCCCGCACCAAACACAUCGACGUUGAUUGCCACUUCAUCCGUGACAACAUCCGAUCCAAACAUAUCACCGUACAUCACAUCUCGACCAACGACCAACUAGCCGAUAUUUUUACCAAGCCACUUCCCACACGGCGAUUUAAAUUACUAUGCAACAAACUGAUCGUAGCUCCCCCUCCAUCAGUUUGA